AGAUAGAAGAUGUAAGAUACAGCAUAAGAAUAAUUAAGGGUUUAAUCGGUUACAUAGUCAUGCGGGUUUGUUUUGUUUAUUUGUUUUUAAUUCGUUAGAAUUAAAACAUUGGGAAACUCCGAUUUGUUCCACAAACUCAAAAAGUUUGUGUUUUAGUUCAUAAUUUACUUCAUGACGUAGUUUUCUCUCUCUGGAAUAUUUUGGAGAUCAAAUGGGGACAUUUAAGACAUUUCAUCUUAUUACAGCUCUGGUGUUUUUCCAGUGUCAGACAAGCUGUAUGGAACUAAAAACUGCCAGAGAGGAAUGGUCCCACGUAAUCUCUGAGGACUUCCUGCCGAGAGGGCGGCAGCGGACGUCCGAGCCCAGGACCGGAGCCCCUGACUGGGCAGCAGAUAAAAGGGGCCUCUACAGGGAACAGCAGCAAGCGGAGGAGCCGGAUCCUGAACUGCUGGUGGAGGAGGGACACAAUAAUUCAGCACAAAUAGUAGACACUGAUCACAUCUAUUACACCUCCAAAAUAUACGGCCCUGGAGACGCAUGGGGUAAAGAGCUGUGGGUGAACAUUGACGACGUGGAGGGCAGACGGUGGAAGGUCCUCGGCUUCCUGUCCAGCACACACAGGCAGGUGGAGAAAGUAAAUCUUUCUUUCGACUUUCCUUUCUAUGGUCAUCUACUGAAGGAAAUCACCAUUGCGACUGGUGGUUUCAUCUACACUGGAGACACUAUCCACCGGAUGCUCACCGCCACACAGUACAUCGCUCCUCUGAUGGCCAGUUUUGACCCGAGUUUGUCCAAAAACUCUACUGUAUUUUACUAUGACAACGGAACUGCCGUGGUGGUUCAGUGGAACCGCAUCCACCUCCAGGACAACAUCAGUCUGGGAACCUUCACCUUCCAGGCCAUUCUGCACAGCGACGGGCGGAUCGUCUUUACCUACAAAGAGAUUCCCGUCGACGUCAGUGACAUCAGCUCUGAGAAUCAUCCUGUCAAAGUGGGCUUGUCGGAUGCUUUUGUGGUACUUCAUGACAUAGAGCAGAUUCCCAAUGUUCGUCGGAGAACCAUCUAUGAGUAUCACAAAGUUGACAUCCUCAAGUCCAAAAUCUCCAAUUCUACGGCCGUAGAGAUGCUUCCUCUUCCGACAUGUCUGCAGUUUUCCAGCUGUGGCCCAUGUGUCUCCUCUCAGAUUGGCUUUAACUGCAGUUGGUGCAGUCGGCUACAAAGAUGCUCCAGUGGGUUUGAUCGUAACCGGCAGGACUGGGUUGACCUUGGCUGCCCAACAGAGAAACGCGAUACCCAGUGUUUGCAGAUGAAAGACGUCCCAAACGGCUCAUCACACCACCUGACGCACACGGCCACUCCCAUUACGACCACCUCAAAGCAGCGGAGCUUCAGCGCAGCUCCUACCGUCGUCAGCAAGACUCCCGCCAUCCCCAACCUCUCAGCACACAACAGCACCGGCAAGAAAAACAAACCAAGUGCACAGCAGCCAACAAACAAAUACAUGGACGAUGAUCCAACAAUAUCUUUCCAGAUCAACGAAGGACCAGGAAACAAGGGCGGCAAACAGGAGAAAGAUGAGGGGCUGCAGACUGGUCUCCUGGCAGGCAUCCUUGUGAUGAUGGUCGUCAUGGUAGCAGCCGUUUUUAUAUCCAUCUACAUGUACAAACACCCCACCUCAAGCGCCAGCCUCUUCCUCAUAGAGCGACGUCCGACCCACUGGCCGAUCCUGAAGUUCAGACGAGGCUCCGGUCGUCCGUCCUAUGCUGAGGUCGAGGCUCCCGGUCAGGACAGAGACGGCACAGUCGUCAUCGACAUCAAACAGUCUUUUGUCUUUUCAAGCAGGAGAGAGAGCGAGCAGAAAGAAGGAUUCAUAGUUCCGGAUCAGAGGGAGCGCUUCCUUCGCUCAGAGAGCUACUGACCACAACUACGUUACCCAUGAAGCUUUUGGACAUAACUGGUUCUCUAUGCCAGCUCAUCCUUUCUUUUCUCCUUUUCCCGUUAAGCUGAUGCUCAGGUUCACUUUAGGAACGAAGCUGGAGCAUUCAGAGACACCAACACAUCUAACCUCCAUGAGGAUUGUAACGAGAUGAUUUUAUGAGGCUUCCUGUCUGGACGGUGAGCCAUUGACGUAUUACAUUUUUAUAAACUACUCAGGUUAUUCAUGUCGUUUACUGCGGGUUCACCGGGAGUAGGAGUUGAUGAAUGUUUUCAAACCUUUUCUAUCAAAGACACGCUUUAUAAUCCAAAGCCGCCCUUCCCACACCUACUUCACAAAGAGGAAUGUCGUAUCUGGGUGUCAUUUCCUCAUCACAACAGCCACCUUCAUCUGACAAGCUAACACAGGCCCACAGUGUUUUCAGACCCAGUUUUUUUGGGGCCAGGACAUUUCCAUGAUGUGUGCAUGUUUUAAUGAUGAUUUUCCGUGCUUGAAAUGCAAAAAGUAAAAUUUACUGAUUGUAUUUUUAUACAAAAAUGUACACAACAUAGUUAGUUAUUAAAAUAUACAGGUAUAGUUUAUUUUUUUCUUAAAUAAUUUUAGACAACACAGUUUCACACCAUUUUUCUAA